AUGAAUAGCUUAAAUAAAGGGUUUUAUAUCGCGAUAGGCGACGUAAAAGCCCGUCUCUCCCCAUCGUCCCGACAGCCCAACGCCCUGCGGGCCAUCACGCCGGCGGCGGUGGAGGUGCUGCUGGGGGUGCUGCAGCGGGGAGGGGCGCCGGGGGCGGCCGGUGGCCUCAUCACUCUCCGCGUCCUCAUGCUGGAUGCCAUCCCGGCCAUGCUGAGCUGCGAGGACCGGCCGGUCCUACAAGCCGUCUUUCUCAGCAACAACUGCUUCGAGCACAUCAUCCGCCUCCUCCAAAACAGCAAGGUCUUCGACGGCAGCUCCGACGCCAUCGCAGUCCACGCUAUCGGGGUGCUCACCGCCAUCAUGAGCAACUCGCCCUCGGCCAAGGAGGUGUUCAAGGAGCGCAUUGGCUAUGCCCACCUCUACGAAGUCUUGAGGAGCCAGGGCCAGCCCACCCAACGUCUGCUCCAGGAGCUCCUCAACAUGUCCCUGGAGGGUCACCUUGGCUCCGUGGCCAUCUUCUGCGAGGCUCUGCAGCAAACCCAGGUCAAGGCGCUCUUCUGCGCGGGGCCAAACGUCACAUCACCGUUUACACUGGAAGGUGACUUGGUGGAGCUCAGCAGCAAGCUCUUGCUGUACUACACCCCACAGGCCUGCAGGAACAACAUCUGCCUGGACCUCUCUCCCAGCCACGGCUUGGACGGGAGGCUAACGGGGCACAAGGUGGUCAACUGGGACAUCAAGGACGUGGUCAACUGCGUGGGUGGGAUGGGUGUGCUGCUGCCCCUGCUCGAGCAAGUGGUGUCCAAGAAGGAGGAGCCCGAGGAUGAGCAGGAGACCAAUGACCUGGUGGGGCCAGAGCUGACGUCCUCCAGGAACGCCCAGGGCAUGCUCAUCCCACUGGGCAAGUCCUCAGAGAGCAGGCUGGAGAGGAACAGCGUGGCCGCCUUCCUGCUGCUGGUGAAGAACUUCAUCCAGAACCACCCGGUGAACCAGGAGAGCCUGGUGCAGUGCCACGGGCCGGCCAUCAUCGGGGCGCUGCUGCAGAAGGUCUCCGGUCCGCUGCUGGACAUGAGCACAUUGAUGGCCUCGCAGAUCCUCAUGGAGCAGGUGGCAUCUGAGGGCAGCGGGCUCCUGCUGCACCUCCUCUACCAGCAUCUCCUCUUCGACUUCCGCAUCUGGAGCAACAGCGACUUCGCCGUCCGCUUAGGUCAUAUCCAGUAUCUGGCCAACGUUGUCAAGGACCACAAGCAGCGCAUCUGCAAGAAGUAUGGGGUGCAGUACAUCCUCGACUCCAUCCGGACGUACUACGGCACCUCCAGGGAGAAGACCACAGCCAUCGACGACAUCAAGACAGUGCAGAUGUCCCUCUUCAGCUUGGUGAAGGAUUUCUUCUGCAGGAGCUUCUCUGGGGAGGAGAUGCAGAGCUUGCUGAGCUACAUGGCUGGGGCGCAGGAUGAGCAGCAGGUCUGCGGGGCGCUGGAGGUGAUCCACAGCUUGCUGAAGGGCUCGCCUGCCCAGGAGCAGCUCUUCGCCUUCCUCUUUGAGCCGGGCCAUGUGGAGGUCCUCUUCUCGCUGCUGGUGCAGAAGAAGUUCUCAGAUGAAGUGCGGGAGAGGGUCUUCAAGGUCCUCUACAAGAUGCUGAAGUACGAGAAGGUCCCUGAGCGCAGCAAGAACCGCCUGAAGCUGAAGGACAUCGGGUACCAGGGGCUCAUCGCCUGCCUCAGCGACGUCCCCGGCUCCAUGCUGCUCUUCCGCUGCCUCUCGGAGCAGGUCCUCGGGGCAGACCCCCCCAACUACAAGGACCUGGUGGCUGUGGUUUACCUGUCCCACCGGGCCGAGCUGACCGUCCGGCUCGAUAUCUGCCGCAAGGGCGGCACGCUGCCCCCCGCCAGCGGCCCCGGCACCCCCUCGCCCCUGGAGAGCUUCAAGCCCUUCCCGGGGAUGCGAGCACGCAAGAGCUCCAGCCUCUCAAACGUCCUGGAUGAGAGCAGCUACCAGGACGCGCUGCCCAGUGACAACGUUUCCAACACCAGCAACCCCCAGCAAACGCCCGAGGAAGAACUGUGCAACCUCCUGACCAACAUUGUCUUCUCGGUGACCUGGCGUGGGGUGGAGGGCUGGGACGAUGCAGCGUGGAGGGAGCGCGGGCAGGUCUUCUCCGUCCUCACCAAGCUGGGGACAGCGUGCGAGCUGGUGCGGCCCCCUGAUGAGAUCAAGCGCAGCCUGCUGGAGAUGAUGCUGGAGUCGGCGCUGACGGACCUGAAGGAGUCGGGGCCGGCCGCCCUGCCCAGUCCCCACACCGCCCUCAAGCUGCUGCGGCUGCUCCAGGACUUCUUGUUCUCUGAGGGACACAACAACCAGGCCCUGUGGAGCGAGAAGAUCUACGAGGGGGUGAGCAGUCUGCUGGACAAGCUGGGCGUCUGGUACCACCUGGCCAAUGGCACCUCCGACCUCAAGGAGAUGGCCCAGACGGGUCUACGCAUCCUCGUGGGCUACAUCAUGCUGCAGGACCCCCAGCUGCACUCGCUGGCGUACGUGAAGCUGCACAGCCUGCUGCAGACCGCCUCGGCCCCAAAAAAGGACGAGGCUUGCUACCUCCUGGGCAAGCUGGAGACCCCGCUGCGACGCUCGCUGGACGCCAAGUCGGAGACCUUCUCCUGGUUGGUGCCCAUCGUCCGGACGCUCAUGGACCAGUGCUACGAGACCCUGCAGCUGCAGCUCUUCCUGCCCUCGAUGCCCCCCCCCCAGCUCUCCCUGCCCUCGCUGCCCCCCCCCAACGGCAGCCCCACUUUCUAUGAGGACUUCCAGCUCUUCUGCACCACCCCGGAGUGGAGGGGCUUCAUCGAGAAACACGUGCAGCCCACCAUGGCCCAGUUUGAGAUGGACACCUUCGCCAAGAGCCACGACCACAUGUCCAAUUUCUGGAACGCCUGCUACGAUACCAUGAUGAGCAGCUCCCAGCGGCGGGAGCAAGAGAAGGCGGCCAGCCGCAAGAUGUUCCAGGAGCUGGUGCUGGAGCCGGUGGCAAAGCGCUCCAAGGCAGAAAAUGUCCGUCACGCCAACGUGCUCAAGCAGGCCAACAACCACCACAGCACCGUGCUGAAGCAGUGGCGGGGUCUGUGCCGCCUCCUCACCUCGCCCCGCUCCGCCUGGGCUGACCGGAACCCACCAGAAGUUCGCUGGAAGCUGUCGAGCGCCGAGACCUACUCCCGGAUGAGGCUGAAGCUGGUGCCCAACCUGAAUUUUGACCAGCACUUGGAGGCCAGUGCCCUACGGGACAACCUGGGNGCCGCCCCCCCCCACAGCCCCGCCGAGUCCCUCCCGCUUGCCAUGGCCAAGGAAGCCAAGGUGAGCGAGCUGGAGGAUGACCAACUGGCUGAGGAGGACCUCCCUGUCCUGGACAACCAGGCUGAGCCCAAGGAGCAGAACCAGCGGGAGAAGCUGGUGGUCUCGGAGGACUGCGAGCUCAUCACGACAGUGGCCGUCGUCCCCGGCCGCCUGGAGGUGACGACCCAGCACGUCUACUUCUACGACGGCAGCAGCGAGAAGGAGGAGACAGAGGGAGGGAUCGGCUAUGACUUCAAACGCCCCUUGUCCCACCUGCGCGAGGUCCACCUGCGCCGCUACAACCUGCGCCGCUCCGCACUCGAGCUCUUCUUCAUCGACCAGGCCAACUACUUCCUCAACUUCAAAAAAAAGGUGAGAAACAAGGUGUACUCCUGCAUCCUCGGCCUGCGUCCCCCCAGCCAGAUCUACUUCGGCAGCCGGUCGCCCCAGGAGCUGCUGAAAGCCUCAGGGCUCACCCAGGGAUGGCUGUGGGAUGAGGUUGGUCAUGGGACCAGGGACAGCCACGGGACCAAGGACGGCCGUGGGACCAGGGAUGGCUGUGGGAUGAGGUACGAGAGCUUCGAGGACCCCACGGGCACCGUGGACAAGUUCCACUACGGCACGCACUACUCCAACGCGGCGGGCGUCAUGCACUACCUGAUCCGCACCGAGCCCUUCACCACCCUCCACAUCCAGCUGCAGAGCGGCAGGUUCGACUGCUCAGACCGGCAGGUCCAUUCGGUGCCGGCAGCGUGGCAAGCCCGCAUGGAGAACCCCGUGGACGUCAAGGAGCUCAUCCCCGAGUUCUUCUACUUCCCCGAGUUCCUGGAGAACCAGAAUGGCUUCGACCUGGGCUGCCUGCAGCUCUCCAACGAGAAGGUGGGCGACGUGGUGCUGCCCCGGUGGGCGCGCUCCCGCGAGGACUUCAUCUACCAGCACCGAAAAGCCUUGGGCAUCAGCGAUGGGGUGGCCCUGGUGCAAGCCGUGGUCCCCAAGAACCAGGCGCAUUCCUUCAUCACUCAGGGAUCACCCGACGUCCUGGUCACCGUGAGUGCCAACGGCUUGUUGGGGACCCACAACUGGUUGCCCUAUGACAAGAACAUCUCCAACUACUUCAGCUUCACCAAAGACCCCACCGUCUCCAACGCAAAGACCCAGCGCUUCCUGCAGGGCCCCUUCGCCCCUGGCGCGGACCUGUGCUCCCGCACGCUGGCCGUGUCCCCCGACGGGAAGCUGCUCUUCAGCGGGGGACAUUGGGACAACAGCCUCCGCGUCACCUCGCUGGCUAAAGGGAAGGUCGUUGGGCACAUCACCCGGCACAUAGAUGUUGUCACCUGCCUGGCGCUCGACCUCUGCGGCAUCUACCUCAUUUCUGGGUCCCGGGACACCACCUGCAUGGUGUGGCAGGUCCUACAGCAGGGUGGGUUUUCCAGCGGCUUGGCUCCCAAACCCGUCCAGGUCCUGUACGGCCACGAUGCCGAGGUGACGUGCGUGGCCAUCAGCACCGAGCUGGACAUGGCGGUGUCGGGCGCCGUGGGGCCGGAGGGGCAGGUGGUCGCCCAGACCGCCGUGGGUCAACGAGCCUGCUUGAAGGACAGGUUUGCGCUGCACCUCUACUCGGUGAACGGGAAGCACCUCUCCUCCGUCCCACUGGACGAGGAGGUGACGGCCAUGUGCCUGACGGAGGAGUUCGUGGUGCUGGGGACCAUGCAGUGCGGGCUGGAGAUCCGUGACCUCCAGAGCCUCAGGGCGGCCGUGCCCCCCGUGCCCAUGCGGGUGCCCGUCCACAGCGUGUCCGUCACCAAGGAGAAGAGCCACAUCUUGGUGGGGUUGGAGGACGGCAAG